CGCAUGACAACCCUGCCCGGUGUAAACAAACACACGCGGAACCUUUGGACAUGGAAACCUGUUAAAAAUUGGAUAAAUAAUAAUUACAUCGAGCUGCAUCAUGACCAGCUGGAGAAAAUACAUAUUGUGGUUCGCCCAGGAGCAUGUGGACUUCCGAGUGCAAGAGUUUGAUUCGAUAGUUAAAAUGUUCGGACUCCAAGUCCGGCGAAUCACCGAACAGACAUUGAAACCUUUUUGGCUGGUAGAAUUCAGCGACUUGGAGUCUGCCCUGCAGUAUGCAUCCCGGUCCGUUUCACUGCGUGCAAUGUUCGAGCUGUACGCCCACGCCACCAAUCUGCCCGAUUUCCACCACACACUUAAGAGCCACGUAGUCCGAAACCAGGAUGCACUGGCGGAAUGCUUUCGGCCAGACACUAGCUUCAAGAUUACGGUGGAAACCUAUAACAAGCAUUUCAGUCAGCGCGAAAAGGUUGAAAAAAUCGAAUCUAUGGACUAUUUACCGAUAGAGGGCCCGGUCGACCUUAAGAAUCCCCAGGUCGAAUGGUGGUACAUCGAAUUCUGGGGCCUGGAUCCCACGGCUGUUCCACGCGAACCUGAGGACAUUUUGUUUGGCCGGCUGAUGGCAUCUGGUCAGCGGCACCUGAUUAAGGAACUCUCCCUAAAGCGAAGGAAGUUCAUCGGCAAUACCAGCAUGGACGCCCAGCUCAGCCUGCUAAUGGCCAACCAGGCGAUGGUACGCGAUGGCGACCUGGUAUUUGACCCCUUUGUUGGCACCGGUUCGCUCCUGGUAAGCGCCGCAAAGUGGGGCGGCUAUGUUUUGGGGGCGGACAUAGACUACAUGAUGGUGCAUGCACGCUGCCGACCGAGCCGCAUAACGCAGAAAGUGCGCGAGAAGGACGAGAGCAUCCGGAGCAACCUGAAGCAGUACGGAUGCGCAGAUCGCUACCUGGAUAUUGUUGUGGCGGACUUUUCCAACCCGUUGUGGCAUCCACGAAUUUUGUUCGACAGCAUCAUAACAGAUCCUCCAUACGGAAUUCGCGAGGCCACAGAAAAGGUGGAGACUAAAAGCCGUGCGAAAGAAAACACCAAAACGGAUGACAUGGUGCACUAUCCUUCCACCUCGCACUAUUCCUUACAGAGUCUCUACGGCGACCUGCUGGAGUUCGCCGCAAGGCAUUUGGUACCGGGAGGACGCCUCGUCUGCUGGUUACCCUUCCACCGCGAUGACUACGAUGAAAAGAUGCUGCCAGAGCAUCAGUAUUUGAGCUUGGUGGCCAACUCUGAGCAGCCCUUGACAGGAAAUACUGCCCGCCGCCUGCUCACUUACGAAAAGAGUGCAGAGUACUGUCCGCCAGAUCGGUCGCUGGCCAGUGCAGCUGAUAUGCCCGCACUCCCGCAAAACUUCAGAGAUCGAUAUUUCAACAAUGCGCUGGAGUCACGCAAAGAACGUCGCAUGCGAAAGGCCGAGCAGCGGGAACAGGGCCGUGUGGAGAUGGAAGCGCGGGGAAAGGUUCCGACAGACGGACGCUCCAAAAAGUGUAACCUGAACAAGGCUCGUUUUGUAUGAUCAUGUA